AUGAAAGUUGCAUUCGUCACGGGCUCGAACAAGGGAAUCGGAUUUGGCAUAGUGGAAAAGUUGGCCAGAUUUUACAAUCCUACUGGUGAAUGGGAUGUUUUUCUGACUGCGAGAAAUGAUGAGUUGGGUAAAAAGUCGUGUGAGGAACUGAAGUCUAAAGGCCUUGAUGUCAAAUUCCAUCAGUUGGAUAUCACCGAUACAGAAAGCCGGAAGCGGUUUCUGGAAUACAUGAAAACCACUUACCCAAAUGGCAUCAACGUAGCUGUCAACAAUGCAGCUAUUGCCUACCAUCACGAUUCCACUGUACCGUUUGGUGAACAAGCACGCGUUACUGUUCAUACCAACUUCACAUGCACGUUGGAUUUCACCCUUGAAUUCCUCCCUUUGUUGGCGAGAGAUGCGAGAGUUGUUCAUGUGUCUAGCGGAGUCUCCCUCAUGAUGUUUCCGAAAAUGAGCAAUGAAUUGUACACCAGGAUCACUUCGCUACUGACUUUGGAGGAACUUCGAACUAUCAUGAAAGAAUUUGUAAAGUAA